AUGCGGGAAUUCGAUCCGUUGGUUUCUGAGUUCGAGCAUCUCAAACACAAGCCGCGUGAGGCCGAGGCAUUGACAACCCUACGAAAAAUCGCUUCCCUCGUCAAGCCAAUAAUGCGCCAACGGGGCUGGAAGGUUGGGACUCUUGCUGAAUUCUACCCUGAGCGGAGCCUUCUCGGGAUAAAUAUCAAUCACGGCGAGAAAAUAUGCCUCAGAUUGAGGUACCCGUCGGACGACAGUCAAUUUCUUCCCCUUGACCAAGUCCUUGAUACUAUGCUACAUGAGUUAUGUCAUAUUGUUCAUGGCCCCCACAACCAGGAGUUCCAUGCGUUAUGGAAUCAACUUCGUGAUGAGCAUAUGCAGCUCUCUCUGAAGGGCUACACCGGUGAAGGUUUCUUGUCCGAAGGGAAACGGCUUGGUGGCCAAAGGAUCCCCAUGCAUGAAGCUCGUCGCAUUGCCCGUGUUGAAGCGGAGAAACGCCGGACCCUCACUGCGGGUUCUGGGAGGAAACUCGGAGGUACUCCUAUUUUGCGAGGCACAGAUAUCCGACAAGUGAUUGCAGAUGCCGCCCAAAGACGAAUAACGGUAACCAAAGGAUGUGCCAGCGGAACAGUCGAAGGAAGAAAGUUGGCGGACGAGGCAUCUAAAAAUGGCUUCAAAACCAAGGCAGAGGAAGAAGAUGCGAAUGAACAGGCUAUUAUACAAGCGUACAUUGAACUGAUUCAAGAGGAAGAAAAAGAGGAACAUGGGCACUCAUAUGUUCCUCCGAGCGGAAACAAUUCCCCUGGAUCACGCUCAUCCUUGUUUCCCCCGCCCAUCCCCAAGGAUACCAAACCUAGCACGGACUCAUCUCGACGAGAAAAGCCAUCUAGCCAACCCUUUAUCGACAUGACGGAAGACAAUAUUCCUGACUCUGAGAGUUGGGUUUGCCCAGUAUGCACACUUGUGAAUCCACCAUCGUUUCUCUGCUGUGACGCUUGCACGCUAGAGCGACCACCACAAGCCAAACAUCUAACAACGCCUGAUAAAUCUGUGAAACGUGCUCGUACUGAGCCCCAGUCUUCCACUAGUGGAAUAGGCCGAAAACCACGAAACAAAGCCAUCCAGGCACUUCUUUCACUGGAGAAGAAAAUUCCGGAGAAGCCCCUGGGAUGGGUUUGUCAUUCCUGUGGCGCUUUCAUGGAAACACGAUGGUGGACUUGUUCUGCAUGUGGGACGAUGAAGCAAUCGUCGUAA